AUGGGAAUGCUGACGAGGAUUCUUGUCCAAGGCCAGGCGAAUUGGUCAUCAUCCAAGCGGCAUGGGGGCUUGGGAGGAGGAGGCUCCAAUGCCGGUGGCAUGCUGGAGAAGGUCCUUGUAGAUGAAUCCCUGCAUCUUCUUUCCGGCGCAAAAAGGCCAUCAGAGGGUGCCACCAAGGUUCUUGAUUCUGGGGUUGGUAGUUUUGAGCAUGUGGAGGUUCUUCUCGUCCUUGUUGAAGUCAUGAUCAACUCCAACCCACGCACAGCUUCACGGGUCUGCUGGGUCAGCUUUUGGAUAUCUUUGGGCAAGAAUGGCAUGGCUCUGAAACUCCAGGUCUAUCUUGAAGUCCUCUGUUGUGGUUGGACCAAUUGCUGGGUUGCUGCUCAUAAUUUGACUACAAGAUCUUCAAUUGUCUUUUCCUGCAGAUUUUAUAUACCAUCUUGCUUCAGAUCUCUCUUCUCAAUUCCCUUGGAUGUGUACAUUGUUAAGUAUUAUCAUGGGGGGACAUUAUUAAGGGAAGGAGAAGUUGAAUAUGUUAAUGGAUCAGUGGUUGAAUUUCUUGUUGAUCUUGACAAGCUAUGCUAUUGGGAUUUGUUAGGACAUAUAAAAGAGUUAGGAUAUGACAUUACAAACUCUGUCAGUUUUUUCUUCAGAGAUGAUGGGGCAACAUUGAUGCAGAUAAGUGAUGAUGAGGAUAUUUUAAGAUUAGUUAAUCAAUUACAGAAACUACAUACAGUGGAUGUCUAUGUUGAAAUUUCAGGGUUUAAGCAUAACAAAGGCAUACCAGACGCUUUAUUGUCAAAUUCUGAAAUUGAUUUGCAAUUGAAUGUGAGAAAGCCUGAUAUCGAAAUUGAUGUGGAUGUGGAUGUGGGAGAGGCUAAUGAGUGUAACAAUGGUAAUUAUUCUGGUGAAGAUGAUGAAGAGAGGAUGCUAGAUGUCCCAAUAAAUUACAACUCUGAUGUUGAUGAAGAAUGGGAGGAGGCAAGGGUCAAAGUGAGCAAAUAUAUCCAAUUGAAGAAGAAAAUACAAGGUAAUGAUGUUGAAAAAGAUGAAAGUCACAAUGUAGAUAAAGGAGCGCCUGCUAGUAACACAGAGUGUCCUGCUGAAAAUCAAAAGGAAUUGAUUGAGGAUGAAGGUGAUAAAGUUGGUGGGUGUUUGAGUGAUUACAUGGACUCAUCGGAUCCUGGGAGUUUUAUUGACACAAGUAGUGGGUCUGAUGUAGAUGAUGCACAUUAUCAAAAAUCAAGUAGGAAGAUCUAUGACCCCACUACCAAUUUAGAAGAAUUUUUCCUUGAUCUUAGGUUUUCAGAUUUGAAACUUUUCAAGAAUGCACUUGUUGAGUUUUCCACAAGGAAAAGAUUUGAGUUUAAAUAUAUAAAGAAUGAUGCAAUGCGGGUGAGGGCAAAAUGCUCAGCAGAAGGUUGCAGUUGGAUGAUUUUGUGUUCAUGGUGCAGUUCAAAGAAGCUGUAUGUUGUCAAACACUAUCAAGCAGAACAUUCAUGCCUUCUUGGGGCUACAAGGAAUAGAAGAGUGUCUGCACAUGUUGUUGUGGAAAAAUUUGGUGAUAUAAUAGCUGGAAUACCUGUCAUGAAGCCAAGACACUUAAAGGCCCUUGUUAGGAGAGAAUUUGGUGUGUUUAUUACAGAUAAGACAUGUAAAAAUGCUAGGCGUUUGGUUUUGAGGAAGAUUGAGCAGCAAUUUAUUGAAGAUUUCAAGGUACUCAAUAAUUAUGCAAUGGAGUUAAGGGCAACAAAUCUUGGGAGUAAUGUGGUUGUUGUGCUUGGUAGACAAAGUCAAGAUGCAUUACCAAUAUUCCAAAAGAUGUAUAUUUGCCUCACAGCUGUCAAAGAAGGAUUCCUUGUUGGUUGUAGGAGGCUCAUAGGACUUGAUGGUUGUUUUUUGAAAGGAUUAAUGAAAGGACAAUUGUUAGUGGCGGUGGGAAGAGAUGGGAAUAACCACAUGUUUCCUAUAGCUUGGGCAGUUGUGGAGAAAGAAACGUCUGAGAGCUGGUCAUGGUUUCUUCAACAACUAAAAUUGGAUCUUGGCAUUGAGGAUGGCCUUGGAUGGUCUAUUGUUAGUGACAUGCAAAAAGGUCUUAUUCAUGCAGUUAAUUCUCUCUUACCGUUGAUUGAGCACAGAAUGUGUGCAAGGCAUAUUUAUGCGAGGUGGGGAAAAAGGCAUCCAGGUAAAGAGCUUCAGAUUUUGUUUUGGAGCACUGCAAGGUCCACCAGUGAACCUGAGAUGCAGAGUCAAUUACAAAAAAUGAAAAGGGUGAAGGGAGGAGGUAUGGCUGUGGAAGAGUUAUUGGAGAGAUGGCCUAUUAGUGGAUGGUGUGCAACUUAUUUCAAUGAUGUUGUCAAGUGUCAUGUUAUUGACAACAAUAUUUGUGAGACAUUUAAUGGAGUUAUGGUGGAAGCUCGAAGCAAACCGAUUAUAACAAUGCUUGAAGAAAUAAGAAGGUAUGUAAUGCAGCGUAUGGUUGUCAAAAGGAACUAUGUUAGGAAAUGGAAGCUUGAUUUUGGGCCCAAUAUUAUUUCCAAACUUGAGACAGAGAGAAGUAAGAGUGGAAAAUGGCAAGUGGACUGGAAUGGGGCUGCAGAACAUGAAGUAUAUUGGGAUGAUGUGCAGCUAUUGGUGAGGGAGACCUAUGUGGUUAAGUUGGCAAAUAAUAGUUGCUCUUGUGGAAAAUGGGACAAGAGUGGCAUCCCUUGUCAACAUGCAAUGGCGGCAAUUGCAUUUCAUGGACUAGAUCCUCUUAAUUACAUAUCUGAAUGGUUUAAGAAGGAGACCUACCUGAAGGCAUACCAGUUCAAUAUUAGUGCAGUGAAAGGAAGACGAUUUUGGCCAACAAGUGAAGAAGGCCCCAUGUUGCCACCUAUAACCAAGAGGAUGCCUGGUCGACCUGCAAAAAAAAGGAAAAGAGAACCUUUGGAAGGCAAAAACAAAAGCAAUACAAAACUAUCAAAGGAAGGUAGAGUGUUCAAGUGUGGAAUUUGUCACAUGGAAGGUCACAAUAGGAAAAGCUGCCAGAAUAAAGCUAGUAGACAGGACACAACUACUGAAGUUGGAUCGAGUGGACAGAAAACAAAUGAGAGAAUGAAGACAAAUGGGAAAGAAAAGACCUAUGCUACAUCAAAAAAAAAAAGAGGAAGACCUGCUUAUGGGCCAACCAGAAUUUUAAGAGGAGCUCACACUGGAGAAACAAUCCUGGGAAGAGAAGUUGCAAAUUCUUCAUCCUUCAUUACUACCAAUGAACUGAUUGCUCGAAGAAAUGCAAGGGUGGUUGCAAAUAAAAAUCAAGCUGAAGUUGUUGGUCACCAAUCAUCUCGCACAAGUUGA